AUGGUCCUCCUUCCUUCCCUCCUUCUUAUCCUCGCCUGCCUGUCGGGAUCCUUUGGCCAAAAAGAUCUCCAGAACAAGGUCUUUGUUUUCCCAGCACUAUCUGACACAGCCGCUGUGCAUAUCCAAGUCUCCAACAAGCAACCCUUGACCAAGCUGACCGUCUGUUUGAAACACUACACCCUCCUGUCCCGGGCGUACGGCCUCUUCUCUUACGCCACCCAGUCCAGUGACAACGAUUUCCUGAUCUACAAGAGCCAAGCCAACGAAUAUUCCAUUUACGUUGGGGGUUUAGCAGUAAAUUUCAAGGUUCCUCUGAAGGAGAAACCGAGCUGGGAUCACAUCUGUGUGUCCUGGGACUCCAGCAAUGGGCUGGUCCAGUUCUGGCUCAAUGGAGAACCGUUUCCUCGACAGAGUGUGAAAAAGGGCUACAGCAUCAGCCCGGAGGCCUCCAUCGUGCUGGGGCAGGACCAGGACUCCUUCGGAGGGGGGUUUGAGAGCGCCCAAUCCUUUGUGGGGGAGAUGACAGAGGUCAAAAUGUGGCCUCGGGUGCUAAGCCUUGUUGAGAUUAGAAUGGUCCGGAACAACCUUGAGCUUCAUGGCCCGCUGAUAUUUUGGAGAUCCGUGAGCUACACCCUCAAGAACGAAGUAUUUUUGGAGGAUUUCCUGAGUCCCCAAGGGGUAUCCACCUGAGUUGGAAGAAAGAA